UCGCGCUGAACUCAGUCAACUGCGUGCUUCUGUGCUUCUCGGUUGACAGUGAAUCGGCUCCCUUCCGCCUUCACCCUGAGUUUACGAGACCUCUCAUUGGCAUGGUCAGUGCACACGUAACGGUGACGACAUAUUAGAGCGGCCAGCCAAGUGGAAUAACCUGGAUGGUGGACCUAGAGCGAGCAACUGGAUAUGAUGAAAUGGACGAUAUUUCUUAUUUGAAUAGUCAGCGAAUUAAGCUCUACUAGCCAGACAGACACCCACUUACUUCGCUGCCGGCCCAAGCUGCAGUUAUAGACCAAGUUUCUUUGUUCCCAGAUAACAAAGGAUGGUGUGCGGAAUUGGACUUCUCCUGGUGGUGCUUUUCAUAAGCCUACCACAGUGGUGCUGGGGUGGACUCUGCCCCCGAGAAUGCUCAUGUUUCCUGGACAGCAGAGGCCGUCGCCAGGUCACGUGCUCACGAGGAGGCCUGAUACAUCCAAUUCCUAUACACUCCAUGGACCAACAAGUUGAAGUGAUACUAAUAACAGCGCCUGCUGAUAAUCCGAAUUUUCUCACAAUUGGUCCAAUUUUCCAGCAGUUCAGCAGGCUAGAAGAGUUACACAUAGUGCGGUCAAACAUACCUGCCAUUGGUAGACAUUCAUUCUGGGGAGUGCCAACACUUCAGAAGCUGAACCUCACGCAGAAUAACAUUUCUCACGUUCUGGACUAUAAUUUCCGUGGCCUUGCGAAUCUCCUGGAGUUGCAUCUAGAUGACAAUCGGAUCGAGUCCAUGCCAAGUGGCACGUUCAGAUAUCUGCACGAACUCAGAGUUUUGUCUCUAGCCCGCAACAGGAUCACAGAACUUGUUCCCAGACUAUUUCUGAUGCUUGGCAAGUUGCAUCAGUUGGAUCUCAGCGGAAACAGGCUUAUGGAGCUAAACCCGGAGGUCUUCAAAGAUGUUCAGGAGCUGCGAGUGUUUCGAUGUCGAGGCUGUGGUCUCUCCAACAUCAAUACUCUUAUCUACCGCCUGCUGCCGGACCUGCUCUACCUCGACCUGGGUGACAACGAGUUCAAAUAUGUUACAUCAGAUGAGUUCCGGUAUCUGAGGAACCUGCAGCUUCUCAUGUUGGACGGAAAUCAACUGUCUGUUGUGCUGGAACGGACAUUCGGUAACAAUGGGGCUAGCGGCGGACAGAUCGACCUACAGACACUUUCUCUUGCUCGAAAUCGUCUUGCUAAAGUCACCGCAACAGCAUUUGCAAAUCUUACCACUCUACAAGAGUUGGACUUAAGUUACAACAAGCUGGACCGCUUGGAAACCGCUACUUUUAUUCCUCUAACUGAGUCGCUUCGUCGGUUGAAACUCAGUGGCAAUUCAGUUCCUCUGUCAGAGGUAAAAUACGUACUACAGGUCAUUCAGAAACUCCGUGAUCUUUCUUUAGCAGACAUGGGAAUCACUAAUCUCCCACUGGGGCUUUUCGUGUACCACGAACACCUACGAUACCUCAAUUUGUCCGGCAACAACAUUGCGCACUUCCCGGCACAGAUACUAUCUCCGGUUCAGAAGUUACAAGAAAUUGACCUCUCGAGAAAUAGAUUUCGUGGUUUGGACGAGAGACUGAUAUUGAGAUUAGACGCUAUAAAGACUAUACAUCUACAAGGAAACCCAUGGAUAUGCGACCUCUGCCACAUGGCAUACAUGUUGAAUUAUAUGAACAAGACCACCGUCGGUGUCGCCAUGAGAGAGCUGACAUGUGCUUCGCCGUACACAUUGGAAGGAAGAUUACUUGGCUCUCUGUCCAGAUCCUCAUUAUCGUGGUGCACGAGUAGUGAUGGCGGUUUGGGCUACAUGGAAAGUGGUGGAGGUAUCGUGUCGACCAACUUCCUAGCAGAACACUCGCGGUUAGGCCUCCUCGCGGCAGGCGCUGCUCUCCUCUUGGUACUUCUGACGGGGGCAGCGCUCUUAGCAGGUAUCGCAUAUUCUCGUCACCACGCAGCCCACUAUUACACACACGAAGAACAGAGAGGACCUGAACAUGAGGCCAUCUUCGAGAAUCCAGCCGCCAUCCUUGAUGAGAACGGAGAUAUUAAAUACAAGAUUGUGCCCUUGGAUAUAACGAAACCACCUCCGAGAAAGAAGAAGGUGUCUAUUUCUACUAUUGAUGGGAUCACGAAAGAUACGGAACUGCAUUCAUUGACUAAUGGGACCUGAGUAGUGCGCUUCAGUGACACAGUGGAAACUCAUUGCUAGUAUUUCGCACAAACUAACGUCCCCCACGAGGGGCGCCACCUACUUACGGCAUGAGUGAGUGUCACUGAAGUGAACCACGUACAUACGAAAUACUUACAUCAAACACUGUGAGACAUUCGGUCAUUUUGUUGUUCGACCUCAGUGCUACUGUGCGAAUUUUAAGGAAAGAACCCCCAUUCUCGAUUGAUUUCCAUCUGUUUUCUUUCUGAGACGAUUCGUCAAGUGUUUCCAUAUACUCACUUCCAUCACUGGAUCUUAACAGACAGUAAAGGUCCACGUAAUAUACUCGUACAGUGAUAUCAGAGGCCUGUGUGGAAUUGAUUUUCGAUAUGACAAGCAACUCUGCUGAAGCUACAGGCAGGGAAUUUCGCGAGUGCAAAGUGACAUGCACCUUGUACCAGUGGAGUAAGGUGAAGAGGACCUGGCUGGAGGGAGGAACCCUUUUCGCCCUCUUAUUUUUAAGAGAAUUCUUAUUAUUGCAGGAGUGACUCUUAUUUCCACCCUUUGGUUUAAUUAACGAUCUUUUCUCCCUUCCUCAAGUCAUGGUGCCACUGAGGGUGCAAUGGUGUCAGAAGUGUACUGAGCUUCCAAACACAAAAUUGUUAAGAAGAUAAACCUCAGAAGCUUUAUUUUAUUGAAGAGUUUUUAUAUAUAAAGGUUCCGACAUAGACACUGUGAGUGCAAGGAAUGAUUAACUAUGUAACAAAAAGUACAUACAAUGUACAUAAGCUAUAUAAUCGAUUUGAAUACUCAUUCUAUAUUUUAUUCUGCCAUAUUUAUAGUUGUGCUGCACACUACGAAAAGGACAGGAUAAUGUGAAAUGUGCUGAAGGCAGACAGUGUAAAUAGUAAAGAAUAUCUUUUAUAUAGAAAUAGAAUUUGAUUAAUUAUUUAGCAUACAGUUUCCGUGAGGAAAAUGAAGUGUUUUCAACCCAGAAAAUUCUAUUUUUAAUCUCUUUUAAAGAUCAAAGAAAACAUGUUUUGUUAAUUGUCCAAGUUGCCAUGAACGGUUUGGUUAAAGCUAGAAAGACAACUAACAGGCGUAACUAAAUAUUAUGUCCCAAAAUUCUCAGUGCAUAUCAUGUGAUGAGAGCGAAUUUGCUAUUCCAAAUCCAAGCGUGCCAUUUUCUGUGUGAUUUUUCUUAUGGGACCACGCUUAUCAUUCCGCUAUAAACUUUUGCGAGAUCACAGGGGGACAGUUACAGUUGAUUAUGAUUUUGUAAAUGUUUUGCGAGUAAUUUACAUUUCUCGUAAUGGUAUCUAAUGCCUACAUAACUAGCUGAUAACACAACAGAUAUUUUAAUGGACCUAAAGUGCAUAUGGUUCCUUUCCAGUGUAAAAUUACUCCGACAGAGAAUUAAAAUACAAUAAAAUAAUUUUUUUAAAAGUUCAGAAAUCAUAGUCGUUAAUUUUGAUUUACUGUUUUCACCCCCUAACUCUUUGUAUUCUGAGGAGGGCUCAAAUAUUUUAUUCUAUUAGAGUCUGAUUCGUCUGUGGUACUGACUCCUGCAUUGCCCUAUGUUAUAAGUUCAUGCCCUGCUCUAUAUUUGUACUGAAUUAUUUCCUAAGCCUAAUAAACA